UCCAAGCGAGGCGCUUCUGAGGCUCAUCUUUGAGCGGAUCGCAGCUACCCUGUGACUCCGCCUCGGACGGAGGGAGGGGCGCGGUCGGGGGGUGUCCUCGGAUCCUCGAUGCUGUGUUUCUCUCACGUAUCGCGGCGCACAGACUGACACCAAGUGUAUCGGGGGCAGUGCGUCAUAGCCUUAGGCGGAGAAGCGGACGGAGAGACACCUCAAGAAGAAAUCGUGCGGCCACAUAAUAAUAAAAGGGAGACGCUAGAGAAGAAAGGAGCUCCUAAAUGAAGGCGCUUGUGUUACUGGUGAUCUGCGGGGGGCUGGCAGUCCUGGCGGUGCAGGAUGAAGCCGCUGACAAGGUGGACAAAAGGUACACUCGAGACGGGGGGAUUUCAUUCGAGUAUCACCGCUACCCGGAGCUGAGGGAAGCCCUUGUGUCGGUGUGGCUGCAGUGCCCAUCCAUCAGCAGGAUCUACACCAUCGGCCAGAGCUACGAAGGGAGGGAGCUGUUGGUCCUGGAGAUGUCCGACAACCCCGGGGAGCACGAACCUGGUGAACCCGAGUUCAAAUACAUCGCAAACAUGCAUGGAAAUGAGGCCGUGGGCAGAGAGCUGAUUAUUUUCCUCGCUCAGUACCUUUGUAAUGAAUACCAGAAAGGAAACGAGACCAUCAUCAACCUGAUCCACAGCACACGGAUCCACCUCAUGCCUUCAAUGAACCCAGACGGCUUUGAAAAGGCUGCCUCCCAGCCCGGGGAUAUGAAAGACUGGUUUGUUGGCCGCAGUAAUGCCCAGGGCAUAGACCUCAAUCGAAACUUCCCAGAUUUGGACAGGAUCGUCUAUAUUAACGAAAAGGAAGGCGGCGCAAACAACCACCUCUUGAAGAACAUAAAAAAGGCUGUGGAUCAGAAUACCAAGCUGGCUCCGGAAACCAAAGCUGUCAUCCAUUGGAUUAUGGAUAUCCCUUUUGUCCUCUCAGCUAAUUUGCAUGGAGGAGACAUUGUGGCUAAUUACCCAUAUGAUGAAACCCGCAGUGGAUCAACUCAUGAGUACAGCGCCAGCCCUGAUGAUGCGAUAUUCAAGAGUAUAGCCCAGGCCUAUUCAGGCCUCAACCCAGUCAUGUCAGACCCUAACAGGCCACCAUGCCGCAGGAAUGAUGAUGAUAGUAGCUUUGUUGAUGGCAUUACCAAUGGGGGUGCUUGGUACAGCGUCCCAGGAGGCAUGCAGGAUUUCAACUACUUAAGCAGUAACUGUUUUGAGAUCACUUUAGAAUUAAGCUGUGAAAAAUUUCCCCCAGAAGAUACCUUGAAGAAUUACUGGAAUGAAAACAAAAAUUCACUCGUAAAUUAUAUUGAACAGAUUCAUCGGGGAGUCAAAGGCUUUGUCCGCGAUUUGCAUGGCAAUCCAAUUUCCAAUGCAUCUAUAUCUGUGGAAGGAAUCAACCAUGACAUUACCUCAGCCAAAGAUGGAGAUUACUGGAGGCUUCUUGCUCCUGGUAACUACAAGAUUUCAGCCACUGCUCCUGGGUAUAUCACUGUGAUUAAAAAAGUGGCAGUUCCUUACAGUCCAGCAACCAGGGUGGAUUUUGAAUUAGAGUCCCUUAUUGAGCGCAAGGAAGAAGAGAGAGAAGAACUACAGGAGUGGUGGAAAAUGAUGUCAGAAACCUUGAAUUUCUAACCAGCAUUAUGUAUGUUUUGAAAGCAUAGAUAUUCUGAUUCUG